CCAAAUCGUAUGGGGUUGAAAAACCGGUGACUCCGACCACCACCAUUGCAAACCCCAUCAUCAAUCUCCAUAUCUCGGUUCUUUUACGGCAAUUUCCGGUUGCCAUGGAUGAUCAUCGAACUCCUGCAACUCCGACCAUCCUGGAAUAUUAUCAUGAUACGGUCAAUGUUCAAUCCAAGGCUACUAUGCUGUCUUCCUUUCUGGGUGACGAUGGCAGACAUGUAUUGAUAUUGGAUUGCACCAUUUUUCACCCACAAGGUGGUGGCCAGCCAUCCGACACCGGUUUCAUAACCGAUGUCUCUUCUUCUCGAUUCAAAUUCUUCGUCCAAGAUGUUCGAAUCAAGAAUGGUAUUGUUUAUCAUUAUGGGGUUUUUGAGAAGAUUGAUGAGGAUCUCGAGGGGGGUGUUCAGGUCGUGCUAUCAGUUGAUGAGUCCAGACGAAAGCUUAACUCUAGGUUACACUCAGCUGGACACUUAUUGGAUGUUUGUAUGCAAAAGGUGGGAUUAAGCCAUUUGGAGCCAAGCAAAGGCUACCAUUUCCCUGAUGGGCCAUAUGUUGAAUACAAGGGAACAGUUCCACAGACUGAAUUGCAGAGUAAGCAGAAGGAACUAGAGCUGGAGGCAAACAAUUUGAUAUCCAAGGGAGGGAAGGUUUCUGUUGCUGUUUAUCCAUAUGAAGAGGCUUCUGAAUUGUGUGGUGGUAGCCUUCCUGAUUAUAUCCCCAAGGGAAGCCGUCCACGCAUAGUGAAGUUAGGUGAUUUUCCUGGAUGUCCUUGUGGUGGUACACAUGUUUCCGACAUCUCAGAGCUCGGCAACAUGAAGGUGACACAAAUGAGGACAAAGAAAGGAGUUACCAAAGUAUAUUACAACAUUAAUUCGUGCUGAUUAAUAAUUAAUAUUUAUGAUACCUUUGAGUAGCCAAAACUUCAACCAAACGUUUUGUGUUUCGUGGAAACGGAUUCAAACAAAACCGAAUGGGACACGGUGGGGCGAUUGAUAACACCAAAUGUAUUGAUAUCGCGAAAUUAAAAAUGAAAAA